AUGUCACAAUAUGCACAACAAUAUAAAGAACUUGCUGAAAAAAAAGUAGAGGAACAAGCCAAGGUAUUUCUUACACAAUUUGUUUUAGAGUUCCAAGGUAAAUUUGAUGAAGUAUUAGAUACUGCUACAUCAUUCAAAGGAUAUACUGAUGGAACUGUUGAAACACUUGAAGAAGAUGCUAUGCAUGUCUUUAUGGAAAAGAGAGGAGAAACUACAACCAUCCAAGAUUUAAGAGAAAGAUUAAAAACAAAUGGAAUUGAGUUUAGAAAGAGAUUUGCCUUUAUUGAUUAUAUGAUGUUUGAAUAUCGUAAAAAUAUCAAAGACCUUUUUGAAAAACGAGGAGGUGCAGCUACUCCAGAAAUGUUAAAAGCAUUAGAUGAUGCAUUAGCUGAGUUCCAAAAAGUAAUGGAUAUUAAGAAUGCUCGUUUACAAAAGAUGAAGAAACUUGAAAGUGAUGCAGCUAAAGGUGGUGUUAGAGGAAUGGCUGCUCAAAAUGAAUUAGCUCAAAUGAAAAGUGAAGACCAACUUGCAUUAAAUAAAAUGGAAGUUACAGCUGCUGCUAAAAAAAGAAAAGCACAAAAAGCUGUUGAAAAUGGAGAUGAUUCUAAAGCACGUGAAAAAGCUCUUAAAGAAGAAAAUGCACGUUUAGAAGCUGAAAAGAAAAAGAAAGAAGAAGAAGAAAAACGAAAGAGAGAAGAAUCAAGAAGAAGAUUAGCUGAACGUGCAGCUAAAUUUAAUCAAGCAUAAUUGAAAUUUAAACAUUCAUUUUAUUU